AUGGGGGCCAGAGACAGGACUCACGUUAGCCAUCCGGAGCACCCACUGGAGCUAAAAAAGUACAAAAAGCCUUACACUUGCGACGGAUGCAAGGAGCCAGGAUUCGGAUCAAGAUACAGAUGUGAGGCCUGCGACUUCGAUCUCCACAAGGACUGCAUGUUCCCUGCUGAAACCACUACCCAUGACUUCUUCGGAAACGCCACCUUCAAAUUUCACCUUCGACCACCCAAUUCAAAGUGCAAAGAGAAGCACUGCAGGAACCACUGCAGAACAUCCUGUGAUGCCUGUGGAAAGGACGUGGAGGGCUUUGUUUACCACUGUGCGGCACGCGACUUGGAUUUGCAUCCAUGUUGCCGAAACCUUAAGACUAAAAUGGAUAUCAACGGCGAGGGGUUUCGGCUUCAAGAUAAGGUGUCAAGGCGGUGCAAUUGGUGCGGGAAGAAGAAGCUUCAGGGCGGAGGCUCAGACGUCCAAGGCUGGGCUUACGCAUCAAGCAACGAACACUACUAUUUUCAUGUGGGCUGUGUGCCGGAGAUGAUGCGGGAUGCUUGGCAAAAUGACGGUGGUAGUGGCAAUGAUGAUGAUAAGAGUGUAGCAGCGGUGAGUAAAAUGAAGAUGCAGCUGCAACGCAAUUCAAAGGGAAAUAGGGGGAGAGGAAACAAGUAUUGGAAGAUGUUGAAGUCAAUCUUGAAGAUUAUAGUGUCUGUUUUAUUAGGGGAUCCAAUAACUCUCACUUGUGUGGUUGCAGAGUUGCUUCUCCCCAAGUAA